CUAACAGCUAAAAAGGACACACUGGUAGUUUGACUUGAAGUGAUCCGCCACGAUUACACACAGAUACACUCAAAUCACCUACUACGGUAUCACGAUCUCAUCUUCUUUCUUCCUUCCCUCUGUUGCUUGGACGAAAGCUUAAGAAGAAGAAGAAGAAGAAACAACGCAUUCAUAACAGGGAAGAGUCUCUGUGUGUGUGUGUGGAAAGUGACGGAAGUUUUAAUUCUCUACUUCUGGAAUUUCGCUGUCUUUAGUUGCUAGAUUCGCGAAGAUUGUCUUUCUUACUGUCCCAGGAAAUUGCUGUCAUGUCCUUUCGUGAAUCAAAUAGUGAGAACUUGUUCGUGGGUAGCACUGACUAGGGAAAAUAUCUUGGCUAAUGAGUACUAGAUUCAAUAGAUGGGAUGUGUUUUUGGUCGAGAGGUUUCUUCUGGUGUAGUUCGCCAGCAAAAGGAACAGAAACAAGAGGUUCAGGCUGAGAGGGAAAGCAGGAAUGUGGCCGAGGAAUCUAGGGAGGUGACGCAGGUGAGAGCACCAACUGUUGAUGACAAAGAUCAAGCUGUCAAUAAUGUUGUCCAUGAGGAGAAGUAUGAUGGAGAUAACAGGAAAAUGGGUGAGAAGAGAAGAUCAAGACCUAAUACUAUACUCCGCAAUCUUCCAAAGCAUAAGCAUGGAGAACAAGUAGCUGCAGGAUGGCCAUCAUGGCUCUCUGCUCAUGUAGGUGAAGUAAUUGAUGGUUGGCUUCCUCGACGGGCAGACACAUUUGAGAAGAUUGACAAGAUUGGGUCAGGAACAUAUAGCAACGUCUACAAGGCAAGAGAUACCAUUACAGGGAAAAUUGUUGCGCUGAAGAAGGUUCGGUUUGAUAAUUUAGAACCUGAAAGCGUGAGAUUCAUGUGUAGGGAGAUUAUCAUUUUACGGAGACUGGAUCAUCCAAAUGUAAUAAAGUUGGAGGGUUUAGUUACGUCGAGAAUGUCAUGCAGUUUAUACUUGGUAUUCGAAUAUAUGGAGCAUGAUUUGGCUGGUCUUGCUGCCAGCCCAGACAUCAGGUUCACUGAGAAACAGGUGAAAUGUUACCUGAAGCAGCUGUUGUCUGGACUUGAGCAUUGUCACAGCCGUGGCGUGCUUCAUCGAGACAUUAAAGGAUCAAAUCUACUGAUUGAUGAUGAUGGUAUUCUUAGAAUAGCCGAUUUUGGGUUGGCAACUAUUGUAGACCCCAACCACAAGAACCCCAUGACAAGUCGGGUGGUUACAUUGUGGUAUCGAGCUCCAGAGUUGCUUCUUGGAGCCACUGAUUAUGGUGUAGGCAUAGACUUGUGGAGUGCUGGUUGUAUUUUAGCUGAGUUAUUAGCUGGGAAACCUAUUAUGCCUGGACAUACAGAGAUAGAACAAUUACACAGGAUAUACAAACUAUGUGGUUCUCCUUCUGAUGAUUACUGGAAAAAGUUUAGGUCUCCCAAUGCAACUGUGUUUAAGCCACGUCAGCCUUACAAGCGUUGUGUUUCUGAGACAUUCAAUCAUUUUCCACAAUCAUCUCUUCCGCUGAUUGAAAAGCUUCUUUCAAUUGACCCAACAGAACGAGAAACUGCAACAGAUGCAUUAAGAAGUGAAUUUUUCACCACUGAACCCUAUGCUUGUGAUCCAUCUACGCUCCCAAAAUAUCCCCCUACAAAAGAGAUUGAUGCAAAGCGACGUGACGAAGAAGCACGCAGGCUGAGAGCUGCAAAAAAAGGGCAGGUAGAUGGUGGUAAGAAAGCAAGAUCACGAGACAGGGCUGUUCGUGCAAUGCCUGCACCGGAAGCUAAUGCUGAGCUUCAAUCCAAUGUUGAUCAGCGUAGGCGUCUUAUUAGCCAUGCAAACGCGAAAAGCAAAAGUGAGAAGUUUCCUCCACCUCAUCAAGAUGGAGGAAGUCAAUUACUUGAGGGGAUGGUUCCUUUGGGCGCUUCACACCGCUUUGAUCCUUCCCUUGAGCGUAGUAGGCCUUUUUGGUGAUCCUUCUGUUGCUGUUUAAUUAAUUGUUCAAAAGUGGAGGUAAAAAUCUUAUUAUUAAGUUGUUUCCUCCACAAGAUUUAUUCAAUCCCUCCCUCCCUCAUAGAAAAGAAGAUCAAGGGACAUGCAUGAUUAUUCUGGUGGUAAUAAUAAACUCUAGUCUACUUUUCUCUUUCAUUCCAUUUAAAUAUACACAAAAAAAAGAGAAUAAAUUACUCUAGAGUUCUUUAUUUGUUGGGUUGGGGCUCUUUGACUUCUUCUAUAUCAUGUUAUCUCACUUUCCUUUUCCUUGUGAGAGAAUAAAAGAUUCCCCAAACACAUUUUGUAGUUUCUCAUAGAUGUUGUGUUUAAAAAGACAGAAUUUUAAAUCUCAUUAUUUUUUUACCAUC